ACAUAUCUAAAUGAGAAGUCACUCCACCUAACAGAGAAAUGCAGAAGUCUACAAUAUGGUAUUGAGUCUUUUUCUAACAAAACGAAAGGGUAUUCAGAGGAUGACUACCUUCAGAUUAUCACCAAUAUACAGAGCUGUCCAUGGAAACGACAAGCAGAAGAAUAUGCAAAUUUUAGAGCAAAACUUGCUUCCUGUUGUGAUGCCAUUCAAAACUUUGUUGUUUCUCAAAAUAAUACUCCAGUUGGGACUAACAUGAGUUAUGAGGUGGAAAGUAAAAAAGAAAUCCCAAUUCGAAAGAAUAUUUUUCAUAUGUUCCCGGUGUCCCAGCCUUUUGUGGAGUACCCUUAUAAUCAAUGUGCAGUGGUUGGAAAUGGGGGAAUUCUGAAUAAGUCUCUCUGUGGAGCUGAAAUAGAUAAAUCUGACUUCGUUUUUAGGUGUAACCUGCCCCCAACCACAGGCGAUGUUAGCAAAGAUGUUGGCAGUAAAACAAAUCUGGUGACUGUAAAUCCCAGUAUUAUCACACUAAAAUAUGGGAACUUAAAGAAAAAUAAAACAAUAUUUCUGGAGGACAUUGCAACCUAUGGGGACGCAUUUCUUCUUCUGCCAGCCUUUUCCUUCAGAGCCAACACGGGUGCCUCUUUUAAAGUGUAUUAUACACUCAAAGAGUCUAAAGCAAGACAAAAGGUUCUGUUUUUCCAUCCCAAGUACCUGAAACAUCUGGCCCUUUUCUGGAGAACUAAAGGUGUGACUGCGUACCGCUUGUCCACUGGCUUGAUGAUCACAAGUGUUGCAGUGGAACUGUGCGAACAUGUGAAACUGUAUGGAUUUUGGCCCUUCUCUAAAACUAUAGAAGACACACCCAUCAGCCAUCAUUACUAUGACAACAGGUUACCUAAACGCGGUUUCCACCAGAUGCCCAAAGAAUAUAGCCAGAUCCUCCAACUUCACGUGAAAGGAAUUCUCAAACUACAGUUUAGCAAAUGUGAAGUAGCCUAAAUAAAGUGUCUUAAAAAGGAAAUAAUUUUAAAGUAAUGCAGUGAGUUACAAUGUUUCCAAACGUUAAAGGAGGUGGUUAUAACGUAUUAUAGGAAGAUCCCCAAAAUUUGGUUUGACCAAAACUCCCCCAUUCAUCUUGCA